GAAUUAACAUUCUAACUUCUGAAUGCGUUAUUCAACCUGUCUGGGCUGAAGGAGAGGAGUGGACUUCGCAUGCUGUUUUUGCGUCUCAUAUAUUAAAGAGAGUGUGUCGACCCACAACUGAAAAAGACGUUUGAAGAUGUUCUAUAGGACUUUCUGGGUUUUUUCGGUGCUCUCAUUCGUUAUUUCGGAAGUUUGGAGUGCUAACAUUUGCACAUCCCGAGGAGUGAACACAUGCAGGGAAUGCCUCGCGGUCCACCCCAGCUGUGGCUGGUGCUUUCAGGAGGACUUUGGUCGUGGAACUGCAAGCUCAUCUCGCUGUGACCUCAAGGAGAGUUUACUGCAGAAGGGAUGCAGUCAGCAGUUUAUUGAAUACCCCACCAGCACCUUGAGUAAGCAGCAGGACAAGCCCCUGAGUGGGACGGGAUCCGGAGCAGGGUCCGAUGCCACACAGAUUUCCCCCCAGAAACUGAAAAUGAACCUGCGACCUGAUGACUCUCAGAAGUUCACGGUCCAGGUGCGGCAGGUGGAGGACUAUCCCGUGGAUCUCUACUACCUGAUGGAUCUGUCCUACUCCAUGAAGGAUGACCUGCAGAAACUCCGCACUCUGGGCAAUGAUCUGGCCACCGCCAUGGGCAAACUCACCAGCAACCUGCGCAUGGGCUUUGGGGCCUUUGUGGACAAGCCACUCUCCCCAUACAUGUUCAUUUCUCCCCAGGCUGCCAUAGACAACCCCUGCAUAGGCAUUCAGAUGACAUGUAUGUCCCAGUUCGGCUACAGGCAUGUUCUGACUCUGACGGAUCAGGUGAGCCGGUUCAAUGAGGAGGUGAAGAAGCAGGAUGUCUCUCGAAACAGAGACGCUCCUGAGGGGGGAUUUGACGCCAUCAUCCAGGCUGCUGUCUGCAAGGAGAAGAUCGGCUGGCGUCAGGGUGCUUCUCAUCUCUUGGUGUUCACCACUGAUGCCAAGACCCACGUGGCUCUGGACGGCAGACUGGCAGGCAUAGUGCAGCCUAACGAUGGGAAGUGCCACGUCGGGGAAGACAAUAACUAUGCAGGGUCCACCACUCUGGAUUAUCCAUCACUGGCCCUGCUGACGGAGAAGAUGUCUGAAAAUAACAUCAACCUAAUCUUUGCUGUCACAAACCCUGUGGAGGAACUCUACCGGAAUUACAGUGAGCUGAUCCCCGGAACCACAGUGGGGAUCCUAUCACAUGAUUCAGGGAAUGUCAUCCAGCUCAUUGUGGAUGCCUAUGCUAAAAUCCGUUCGAAGGUAGAGUUGGAACUCCUGGAUCUCCCUGAUGAGCUGUCCCUGUCCUUCAAUGCCACCUGCACAAACGGAGAGAUCAUUCCCGGGCAGAAGUCCUGCUCUGGGCUGAAGAUCGGAGACACAGUGACCUUCAGUGUGGAGGCCCGCGCCAGAGGCUGCCCCAAGGAAAAAAACAGGACCUUCACCAUCAAACCAGUGGGCUUCAAAGACUCUCUGCAGAUCACAGUGAACUUCGAGUGCGAUUGCAACUGCCAGGCCCUGGCCGUGCCCGCUAGCCCGCUCUGCAAUAACGGCAAUGGAACGUAUGAGUGCGGGAUAUGCCAGUGCCUGCCAGGGCGCUUGGGCCCACGAUGCGAGUGCUCUGAGGGAGACUACAACCCCAGCCAGCAGGAUAAGUGCAGCCCCAAGGCUAACAGUUCCAUCUGCAGCGGGCACGGCGAGUGUAUCUGUGGCCAGUGCGUGUGCCACAACACCGACUUCGGGAAGUACUGGGGCAAGUUUUGCGAGUGUGAUGACUUCAACUGUGUGAGCUACAAGAGCAAGCUCUGUUCAGGCCAUGGGAAGUGCAGCUGUGGAGACUGCCUGUGUGAUCCAGACUGGAAGGGGGAUUACUGUAACUGCUCAACACGCACAGACACCUGCAUGUCCAGCAUUGGGCUGCUGUGCAGCUCCAGGGGACAGUGUGUCUGUGGGACGUGUGAGUGCACCCAGCCCGGCGCCUAUGGGGACACCUGCGAGAAAUGCCCUACCUGUCCCGAUGUCUGCACCUUCAAGAAGGAUUGUGUGGAAUGCAGAAAUUUCCAGAGGGGCAAACUCAAUGAUGACAAGACUUGCGCACGAAUCUGCAGAGAUGAAAUCAUACUGGUGAAAGACCUUGGUUUGCAUGAUAAGAAUGCUAUGAACUGUACCUACAAAGACGAAGAUGACUGUGUGGUGAGGUUCCAGUACUAUGAGGAUGCCAGUGGAACAUCAGUCCUCUAUGUGGUCGAGGAACGAGAAUGCCCGAAGGGUCCUGACAUCCUGGUGGUCCUGUUAUCGGUGGCGGGCGCUAUCCUGCUCAUCGGCCUGGCUGCCCUGCUAAUCUGGAAGCUGCUCAUCACCAUUCACGACCGCCGCGAGUUUGCCAAGUUUGAGGAGGAGCGUGCCCACGCCAAGUGGGACACGGUGAGGGGAGAUAAAAGGGCUGCGGGUUCCAGGAGGGACAAAACAAGCUAUAAUUCAAUAGGCAGGACAUACAAAUACAGCUGGUUUCCUUUCAGCUAACCACUGAAGUGCAAC